UCAAACUACACUUUAAUUAUAGUUACAGCACAAAGCACAAACACUAAUCAUUUACUACACUAGUAAAACCCUUUCGGCCUUUUCUUCUUCUUAACAAGUGAAACCUCUGCAAUUAGACAAUUAGAAGUAGAAGAAUUAGAGAAGAUGAAGAUUCAAUUACUUGUAGUUUCCUUCUUAUUCUUCUUCUUCAUCAUCAUCUCUCAUGACUGCGCUGAAUCUCGUAUGCCUCAUCUAUUGGCUAACGGUCUCGCCAGCGCCAACAGCAAAAAUUACUUGACUCAAAAAGCAAUUUGGUUUAACCAGACACUCGAUCACUUUUCCCCAAUUAAUCAUAUUAGGUUUCAGCAGCGUUAUUAUGAGUUUCUUGACUACUUUAGAGCUCCUGAUGGACCAAUUUUUCUGCAAAUAUGCGGUGAAGCUUCGUGCAACGGAAUUACUAAUGAUUAUCUCGGUGUAUUGGCAAAGAAGUUUGGUGCUGCUAUAGUGACUCUUGAGCAUCGUUAUUAUGGGAAGAGUUCUCCUUUUAACACACUGUCAACAGAAAAUUUGAAAUAUCUCUCCUCAAAGCAGGCUCUUUUUGAUUUGGCCGCUUUUCGUGAGUUUUAUCAGGAAUCCUUAAAUAAGAAAUUAAAUCGAUCAAAAAAUGAUAAUCCUUGGAUUGUUUUUGGUGUCUCUUUCGCUGGAGCUCUUAGUGCUUGGUUUCGGCUGAAAUUCCCACACUUAACAUGUGGGAGCCUAGCGAGUUCUGCAGUUGUUCAAGCUGUUUACAACUUCACCGACUUCGAUAAACAGAUCGGAGAGUCUGCUGGUCCUGAUUGUAAAUCAUCGUUACAAGAAACUACGAAACUUGUUGAAGAAAAACUAGCAUCAGAUAAAACAGCAGUGAAAACUUUUUUUGGUGCAGCUCAGCUAAAAAACGAUGGUGAUUUUCUGUACUUUCUGGCAGAUGCUGCAGUUACAGCGUUUCAAUAUGGAAACCCAGAUAUACUAUGCACCCCUAUGGUUGAAGCAAAAAAAAACGGAAAGAAUUUGUUGGAAACAUAUGCCAGCUAUGUGAAAGAUUAUUAUCUUGGUACCUUAGGUGUUGGGGUUCAAACAUAUGAUCAACAAUACUUAAAAAGGACUGCUCUAAGUGAAAAUAGUGGCGAUAGAUUAUGGUGGUUCCAAGUUUGUACCGAGGUUGCUUAUUUCCAGGUUGCACCCCUAAAUGAUAGCAUCCGCUCAUCAAAAGUUAAUACAAGAUAUCACUUGGACCUCUGCAGAAAUGUAUUUGGAGAAGGCAUUUACCCUGAUGUUGAUGCGACAAAUAUAUACUAUGGAGGCACAAAACUUGCUGGUUCGAAGAUUGUCUUCACAAAUGGCUCACAGGACCCCUGGCGCCAUGCAUCCAAGCAGACCUCAUCUCCUGAUAUGCCAUCCUAUGUCAUUUCUUGUCACAAUUGCGGUCAUGGGACAGACCUGAGAGGGUGUCCCCAAUCUCCAUUAAGGCUUGAAGGUGAUGCCACGAAUUGCAGCUCCCCGGAUGCAGUGCAGAAAGUGAGGCAGCAGGUUAUUGAACGCAUAGACUUAUGGCUCUCUGAAUGUCAAGAUGGUGGUAGGAGUUAUAUCUGAAUAAUAUAUAAUAGAGAGGAAUGGGAAAGUUUUCAGUUAUUCUAAAUUUCUAAUCUCAGAAUGCACUUUUCGAACAGAUAAGUAACCGCCCAACUCUGUGGGACAUGCUUCUAUGGUCCAUCAUCUAGUGCUCAGUCGAGUUGAAUGUGUAAUUGUUCUCACAUUUUUUUGUAUUUCCGGUUUACAAAACAAUCAAAUAUAGUGGAACAUAACAAUGCCAUUAUCAAAAUGAUGUAAACUUUCAGUGUACCUUAUAUCUGUGCAUACCAUAUGUAUUUCAUAUUCAUCCUGUGUUAUGAUAGUAGCCGUGUGUUCUUAUUCA